AUGGAAGAUUUUAUUGGUAGUGAUCAUGAGCCAAAUGUAGAAGAUGACAGUAGUGAAUUUGAUUCUUUGGUAAUGACUUGGGAUAAAAUGAGGCAAUAUGCUACUAUCAAAAUAAUUUGUUUAGUUACAUAUGGAUUAUACAUAAUCCAAAAACGGAGUGUGAUUCAUAACCAUAUGCCAUCUAGAGAAGAAACUAUUGCACGAGAGAUUGCAAGGAGAAAUCUUUUUACAUUUCUUAUAAAUCCUAGAAGAAGUCGUCAUUUUUUACAUAUGCUACCAGAGACUUUUGCUCAAUUAUGUACCCUAUUGCGUACAAGGGGUCAAUUAAAAGACACACGUCAUGCUAGUGUUGAAGAGCAAGUUGCAAUAUUUAUUUAUGCUAUAGCUCAUAACGUAAGGAAUUGCGUUUUGCAAGUUGUUUUUCGUCGUUCCGGUGAGACCAUAAGUAGAUAUUUUCAUAGAGUUUUGGAAGCUAUCAUUUCUUUAGAGGAUCAAUUUCUUAUACAACCUGACGGCACAUCUAUUCUUUCGGAGAUUAUGAACAACAAUAGAUUUUACCCAUAUUUUAAGGAUUGUAUAGGAGCUAUUGAUGGUACACAUGUACGUGUCAAAGUUUCUAAUUCUAAUGCACCAAGGUAUCGUGUUAGAAAAAAUUGGCUUACUCAAAAUGUCUUGGCUGCAUGCACGUUUGAUUUGAAGUUUACUUAUGUGUUACCGGGAUGGGAGGGAACAACAUCAGAUUCAAGAAUAAUUAAAGAUGAAUUAAAUAGAGAAUAUAGAUUGCAUACCUUUGAAGGUAAAUAUUAUCUAGUUGAUGCUGGUUUCAUGCUCACUGGUGCGCUCUUAACCCCUUAUAGGGGUGUACGCUAUCACCUAAAAGAGUACUCUUUUCGUGCGCCAGAAAAUGCACAAGAACUUUUUAAUCUUCGGCACGCGUCACUACGCAAUGCUAUAGAGAGGGCAUUUGGGGUGUUAAAAAAAAGAUUUGCUAUUAUUGCAAGUUCAACUGAGCCACACUACACUUUUGAUACACAAAGAGAUGUCUUCUUAGCAUGUUGUAUAUUACAUAACUUUUUAAUGAGCAUUGAUCCUGAUGAGGAGCUUAUUGCUGAAGUUGAUCGUGAGCUCUUAAAUAGUAGGAGACGGCCUAGGCGCAAUGCAAUAGAUGAGGAUACCGAAGAAGGAAAAAUUAUUCGUGAUAAUAUAGCUUCUCAAAUGUGGAAUGCCUAUGUACUUUAG